AUGCGGUCAAUAAUCCUCGCCGCUGCCGCCGCCCUGUGCGCGAGCACCGCUUCCGCCUACAUCAGCCUCCCUCUCACGAGAACAAACGGCGCCAUCUCGCCCGCGUCCUCGCAAGAAAGGCGUGACGCCGCCGAUCUCCACAUCCCAAACUUGCUCCCCGCCAACUACGCGACCAACAUCACCAUCGGCACCCCGCCGCAGGAGUUUCAGGUAUUUGUGAGCGUCAACCUCAAGUCGACUUGGGUUCCCAGUGCCGAAGGCUGCGAAGACACCUUUAAAGGUUGCGACUGGGGUUACUUCCUCACCAACCAAUCCUCUACGUACGCCGAGGGCACCGCCGACUACUUCUACGAUAGCACCACCGACUCCACCGUCAGCGGAGACUACUUCUAUGACACCGUCCGCGUCGGCGACCUCGAACUCAAAGAUGCCAGUCUCGGCCUCGCCUCCUCCGCCACCGAGAUGAGGGGCGUCAUGGGCCUCGGCCCCGCCAGGAGGGCCCUCUCCGACGACCCCUACAUCCUGCUGCAGCUCGCCGACCAAGGGCUCAUCAACUCCCUCGGCUUCAGCCUCUGGGCCGACAAGGGCAGCGACGUCCGCAACAGCAACCUCCUCCUCGGCGCCGUCGACAAGGCCCGGUAUUCCGGCGACCUCCAAAUCCUCUCCACCUCGAGCUACCUGACCUCCUACGCGGGUUACGCCGUCACCCUUGCCUCCGUCAACAUUAGCCAGACCGCCGGCGACAUCUCGGAGCCCAUCAUCAGCAACCUGUCACGCUACGAUCCUUAUGUCCUCAUCGACCCUUCCUCCUACGUCUCCGACCUGCCCGCCACCCUAGCCCGCAAGAUCUGGACCCGCUUCGGCGCCGCCGUCGAGAGGACGUCCGGAUACGCCAUCGUCCCCUGCGCCGGUAUCCCCGACGCCCCCGCCGAGCUCGUCAUCGGCCUCGGCGAGCAGGACGAGUACGUUCUACGCGGCAACCCGGCCGACAAGUGCCUCUUUGGCAUCCAGAGCACCGCCAGCCGUACGGGCUCUAGCUCCUCCUACGACGAGUACUACGACGAAGGCUGGUUUCUCGGCUCCAGCGUACUCGGCUCCACCUACAUCGCCUUUGACAGCGUCAACGACCAAAUCGGCCUCGCCCCGCUCUCCUCCGAUUCCGCUACCGCCACCUCGGACAUCGUCCCCUUUGCCAGCUACGGCGCCUACCUCCCCGGCUCCUCGCAAGCCAACAGCUGCCCCCUUUACAGCAGCUGCUCUGACAGUGGCGGGUCUCGUGGCUACGGGAACAACGGCGUGUCGGGCCUCAGCAUCGCCGUCCUCGUCAUCAUUAUCGUCGCCGGUGUGGCCGCCAUCUCGGUGUCCGUCUGCCUCGGUAUCUUCUGCUGCCGUCGCCGCGGACUCUGCUGCUGGAAAGGCAGGAGGAAGCAGGAUGGUUCGCCGGGUCACAUCAUCGGGCCCCCUUGGCCGCUCCUAUGUACCCCCGCCUGGCCCUGGCCAGGCCUGGGCGGCACCUCAGCCCGGCGCUCCCCGCAAAUGACCACCGCCCUCGCCGUUCCGGGCGCUGCCCCAACCCCGGUGCUGCCCCGUACUUCCUAUGCCGACGGCACCCUCGCCCUUGUUAACCCCAUCGCCCGGGCCCUCCCGCGCCGCGCCGCCGGCAGAUGUAUCACCACCGACAACGAGACCACCUUCCCCAUGGAGCCCGAAGCGGCGGGGGCCCCGGUACCUCCCACUCUUUCCGUCACCCCUCCUCCAGACGAAGGAAAAGGAAAGGGCAAGAUGCCCGUGCGAUAUGCGUAG